CAACCUUCGAUGCCCUUUCUACCCUCGCAGGGCUGGAUAGGCUUCAUAUUCCUCAAUGCCCCUCCGCGGCGAUGGACCGGUGGUUGUGCCGAUUGAACUGCCAGACGUUGUUACACGGACUUCUAAACACGUCAUUUUCGGGACGCUUUCUUUUCCCAAUCCCGAGCUAUGCAUGUUGUGGGGAUGUCGGAGAUUAAGCAUUUAAAGACACAGAGGGGGGGGGAUGCAGGGUCGAAAGCAUUUGCUUAAUUUCACCUCCUUUUUCGAACCUCUGUAGCACAAUGCAUUCGUCCUUGUCUGCGCGCGGUUCUAUUUGGCUGCUUUUUGCAAGUUUUGUUCACUCACAAACUGGGGUAACGAAUCCCAUAUCCGAGAAGUGCGGUUCUUCGGUGGUGUGCAUCAACAGGUAUGCGAAUGUAUUGCCAUAUCACUUCUUUCGAAAUGUGUCUACUAGCGACGCCCCGACUACUUUUGGGGACACCACUAUAGUGAAUGGCACUUCUCUGGAUCAUGUAAAAUCUGCCGAUUUUAUCGUAUUUGAUAAAGAGAGAGGUCUCGAGGUGUUAGGCUCGAAGCCGAGCUAUGAAUAUAUGUUUUCUGUCUCCGAUGCUGUCCACGAAGCCCCUGUCUAUGUGGCUUCACAGAACAAGCUGUACCUGUCGCAACUGGCUCCUCCUCCAGGAUAUCUCCCUCAACUUGUUGUUGAUCUGAAUCAAGACCCUCCCACUUUGUCCGAAUUUCUUUCCGACCCUCCUGUUUACGCCCCCAAUGGAGGUACGUUCUAUGACGGCAAGGUCAUCUGGGGAGCAUCUGGUGGCAACAAUUCCGUCGGAGGCAGUGAACAACGUAUUUCUUUGCGAACCCUGGACCCACAAACCAACAAAACGACAAGUUUGGUCAACAAUUACUUUGGGUUUUAUUUCAACACCAUCGACGAUCUUAUAGUGCACCCCAAGACCGGAGACGUUUGGUUCACAGAUCCUCAAUAUUCUUGGUUCAAUGCUCUCACAGACACUCCUCCCCAGCUCCCAUCCGCCAGUUACAGAUACAAUUCAACAUCAGGUGCGGUGUUUGUAGUAGAUGACACCAUUAGUCAGCCCAAUGGCAUUGCGUUUAGCCCGGACGGUUUGAUUGUGUAUAUCACCGAUAGUGGCUCCGUAUCCGGACCGGUCGAUCCUAAAUACGGCCAUCCUGGUACUCCAUUCAAUGCCACUGGACAUAGAACAAUUUAUGCCUUUGACGUUAGUAAGGAUGGUACCAAAGCCUCUAACAAGCGCGCCAUUUACUUGUCUGCUGGAUACGUCCCCGAUGGCCUCAAAGUUGCUGCAAACGGAUACAUUGUGGCAGGAACUGGGCGAGGAGUUGAUAUCCUUGAUCCUGUUGGUCAGCUUCUCUUAACUGUGCAAACAAACUAUACAGUACAGAACUUUGCCUGGACCGGUCCAGAGCUCAAAACGUUAUGGCUAAUGGGUCAGGGAGGGAUUAGCAAGGUGGAAUGGGAUCUUGCAGGGCAGAGAUUGAAGUAAUCCCCUAGACUAGAGAAUUUCAUUGUUAUUCUACCUGGUGUUAUCGCCAGCGGUCUCUUUAGGAAAAUCAUCUUAGCUAAUAAUUAUCGAUGAUGAAUAAUAUACCACUUGUUUUCCAUCCAAUGAGAAGU